AGAAGCCCGCAAACACAGCGACAAGCUAAUUUCAAUAGCUUGCCUCUUCCUUCAGCCUCUUCCCGCGCAACUUCUGUGGCCGGCCUGCAACCAUGUUUGAGGCCAGGAUUACCCAGGGCAGCGUCCUGAAGAAGCUGGUGGAGGCGCUGAAGGAGCUAGUAACGGAGGGCAACUUUGAUGUCAGCUCCACUGGCCUGCAGCUGCAGGCGAUGGAUUCGUCGCAUGUCUGCCUUGUUUCCCUAACGUUGCGCGAGGAUGGCUUCGACCACUUCCGCUGCGACCGGAAUAUGUCAAUGGGCAUUCACUUUCAGAACCUGUCCAAGAUCCUGAAGUGCGCUGGCAACGAGGACACUAUCACGCUUAAGGCGGAGGACAAUGCCGACCAACUUACGCUUAUGUUUGAGUCUUCUAACCAGGACCGCAUCUCGGACUUCGACCUCAAGCUGAUGUCUAUUGAGUCGGAACACCUGGGUAUCCCCGACCAGGACUACUCGGCGGAAAUCAAGAUGCCCUCUUCCGAGUACCAGCGCAUCGUACGUGACCUAACCAGCAUUGGUGACACGGUUCUCAUCUCGGCAACCAAGGAGGGCAUCAAGUUUUCGACCUCCGGGGAUGUGGGGACGGCCAACAUCACGCUCCGGCACAAUACCACGCCGGAGAAACCCGAGGACCAAACCAUCAUUGACCUGAAGGAGCCGGUGGCCCUCACGUUUGCGCUGCGGUACCUGAACAACUUCAGCAAGGCCACGCCCCUGGCGUCCCAGGUCAAGUUGAGCCUCACCAAGGACCUGCCCAUCGUCGUCGAGUACCAAGUGGGCGAUCUCGGGAACGUGCGCUUCUACCUUGCACCCAAGAUUGACGACGAGAACAUGGGCGAGGACGAGGCGCAGUCGUAGAGUCGCAGUGCCGAAGUUGCAGGCUGUCGUGGUUGUCGCGCAUUCGCAGCAACCCGUCAUGAGCUGGGUUUAGGUAGAUGUCCAAAUGUGGUUUUCAGGUUAGGCUGCUGAUAGAUGGCUACGCAGGUGGCGCAAGUGUGGUGUUUUCGACCCCGUCUUUUCGCAGCGACAGAAGCAUGUUUCUGUCGUUACUCAACGUUUGGACACAGACCAUCGCAUGUACAACUGUUGACGAUCAUGUGCUGUUGCUCUUUCAACCUUCGACUUACUAUAUUGAACCUGACACUGUUUUCACGCGCACGUAAGUUUAUUGCUCGUUCUUCUUUCUUCACCGGAUUACUUAUAAGUAAUCCGCUAUGUAAUUGAUUCCACUUCGCUGACCGUAUCAAUUCAAACUUCGCCCGGGACUUGCUUACCAGCUUGCUUGUUAUGCACUUAGCUAUAAGAAGAAUGAGCGUCGGGAGCAAACGCCAAGCGCAAGCGGCCAAGCUGGAGACUCGGCCAUCUGGAGCCAGCAGGGGGUUACUAGACGCACCGCCAGCCAGCUGGCAAACAAAUUGGCUCGCUGUAGUAGCUCUAUGUGGAUUAGUUGCUGUCAUCUGUUCCAUUGAUCGGACCGCGAUGAGUGUGGCGGUACUUCCAAUGGGCGUCAAGUAUGGCUGGAGCGACACUAUCAAAGGAGCCGUAAGCAGCGCCUUCAACCUGGGCCACACGCUCACCAACUUCUACGGCGGCUACCUGGCUGCUGCGCACUCUCCCAAGCUGGUGCUGGGCCUGGGGGUAGUGGUGUGGAGCGCGUUCACGCUGCUCACUCCGCUGGCGGCCGCGGCGGGUCUGAUGCCGCUCCUCGUCACGCGCGCGUGCAUGGGGCUGGGCGAGGGAGUGGCCUACCCCACCAUGCAGGCCAUCAUCAAGGGCUGGGUGCCCCUGGAACGGCGCUCGCGGUCGCUGAGCCUCAUGUACAGCGGGCACCAGAUCGGUAGCAUCCUCUCCCUCCUGCUGUCGCCGCUCAUCAUCGCAGCAUCAGGUGUGGACGUCAUGUUCGUGUUGUACGGCCUGACGGGCUUCCUGUGGCUGGCCGCCUGGCAGCCGCUGGUGCCGGCGGAGGCGCCGCUGCUGCACGACCGCCCGCUGGCGGCGGCUCCGGAGCGGCUGAGCGCACUGCCGUGGAGGACGGUGCGGAUGGGGGAAGCAGCUCCAGGCGUGGAAGGGGGGCAGGAUACGGCACCGGCGUUGCAUUUUACCUUAAGGCCGGGUCGCCUUGAUGCGGGUUACGGUUGCGUCCACUUAUUUUGUUGCAUUACUACCCGGUACCGUCUAGCAACACAGCCCGAUACCCCCGCCCCCGCAGAUCCUAACCAACCGGGUGUUUUGGGCCCUUCUGGUCUGCCACUCCACGUUCGGCAUCAUCUACAACACCGCCAUCUCCUGGCUGCCCCGCUACUACAACAGCGAGUUCGGACUGGACCUGCGCGCCUCCUCCUUCCUGUCCGUGCUGCCCUGGGUGGCCAUGGCCGCCGGCACCAACCUGUCCGGCUGGCUGGCGGACCACCUCAUCAACCGCAAGCUGCUCACAACCACCGCCACACGCAAGCUGCUGCAGAUGGCGGGCAGUGUGGGGCCAGCGGUCUGCCUGCUGUACCUGUCAUGGGGCGCUGCGGGCGGGAGUGGCGGGGGUGCUGCCAGCAGGACGGGGCUGCUGCAGGUGCCGGGGGCGGAGGGGGCCGAGGCUGAGCAGCAGCCGAGGUCCCUGCAGCAGCUGCCGCCCUCCCACCCGUCCCAGCAGCAGCAGCAGCAGCUGGGUUCCGCGGUGUCGCUGCUGGUGAUGACGAUGGCGCUGCUGGGGCUGCAGGCGGGCGGCUUCGCGUCCACCCACCAGGACAUAGCCACCCGGCUGGCCAGUGUGUUGUUCGGCACCACCAACGCGGCCGCCAGCCUGGCGGGCAGCGUGUUCGUGUACGCGGUGGGGGUCAUCCUGGACCGCACGCACUCCUGGGCGCUGGUGUUCCAGCUGAUCGCGGGCUGCUGCCUGGGCUCGGCGGCGCUGUUCACCGCAGUGGGGACCUCGGAGCCGCAGUUCGACUAGGAGAAGAAGACCGACUAGGGGUAUUAGGGAAACAGGCUAUUGGUACACUUGGUGGAGGAGAUAAAGGGCGAGCGUUUAAACGCACAGGACGUUAACUUAGUUGACCAGGGUUUACGGGGAGUGUUGGCGAGACUUGACGGGUGGAAGCGGGGCGUGCGCGCGGCUAGACUCAUACUGUUGCGGGGGUCGGGAAGAAGGGAGAGAGUGGUGCAGGAAGCGUGGCGCGAUAGAGGCGUGCGAUCCGCGAGCAAGCGAGCUGUAGUGCAGGCUCGACUACUGGUUUACCGGUAUUAUAUGUUCAUAAGGCGUGGCCACACUGAACGGUAUGUAGGAUGGUGAGGGGGACGCGCAUGCUGAAGUACAGGGCCGGGUGAGCUUAUACGUUGCACUCAAUGAGAGGACCGACGUUCGGACAUGCAUGCGGUCAUGCGCUGCCUUCGUUACAGAAGAGGUGGUUGCAAACCAACC